UUAUUCUAUUCUAACAUUUCACAUGAAUGUGACAUUCGUACAACUAACAUUUUGUGUGACCCCCUGUUAGCGUUUACAGAGGAUUGCAUUGAAACGUUACUUUUACCGAUCAUUUCAAACCAAGUUACAACAUUGUUGUCAUUCUUACGUCUAGACACUUUAAUUUUCAGUUCUCAAAUAUGUAACAACCAGCCAACGUAAAUCCUUUCGCACGUAAAUUCUAAAAUAUUUCCAACUGCCCCCCAGCGUGACUUAUUUCAGUUCGUGCACACCUUUUGUACCCCUCCAAUCCACCUCAAAUGGUCGAUACCUGUCUGCCGGGCCAAUAAUAUCCUUAGACUCCAGUGAGGUUUGCUGCCUUAGCAACAGCAAAUGAUUGACCCUGCGCGUCCAACGCUUCGCCACGGAACUGAAUUUCCUCUCGUUAUUCCCUGCAUCGAUUAUGGCGACGACAGCGAUACGGUCGACAGCCAGUCUAGCGCUCAGGGUCCUGCUCAGCGUUCUGCUGUGCUGGGCAGCCCUCGCGUCCGGCCGGAGCCCCCGCAUGGCGGACCAGGUGUCAGAGGCGGACAUCCAGCGCUUGCUGCACGGCGUCAUGGAGCAGCUGGGCAUCGCACGGCCGAGAGUGGAGUACCCAGCUCACCAAGCCACCAAUAUUGUGGGGCCUCAGAGUAUCCAAGGGGGUGCUCAUGAGGGCCUGCAGCACCUUGGUCCCUAUGGUAACAUUCCCAACAUUGUGGCUGAGCUGGCUGGGGACAAUGUUCCCAAGGACUUCAGCGAUGACCAGGGCUAUCCAGACCCACCGAACCCCUGUCCUCUGGGCAAGACAGCAGCAGACGGUUGCUUAGAGAACUCCCCAGAUACAGCCGAGUUCAGCAGAGAAUUUCAGCAGCAUCAGCACCUGUUCGACCCGGAGCAUGACUACCCUGCUCUGGAAAAGUGGAAUAAGGAGCUGUUGUAUGAAAAGCUUAAGGGUGGACCGAAGCGAAGCAAGAGGAGCACUAAUCCCUAUUUAAUGGGGCAGAGGCUGGAUAAUGUCGUGGCCAAGAAAUCUGCCCCACAUUUCCCCGAGGAGGACAAGAAGGAUUAGAGCACCAUAGCCGGCAAUGUCAAAAACUGAUCCCAGUCAUCAAACUGCCCCUCCAAUGUAUCACUGCAGUCAGCCCGCACUCUUAUGGAACAGGUCUGCCAGAAUGCAAAGUGUUUGCAAACAGAGAGAAUCCAUUACUGUUUUGUCCUGUUCUUUCCCACUUGCCUAGCCGCUGGUCAGCCUUGUUUGUGUAUGUGCUGUAGCCCAAUUUAUACAAUAAAUCUGUAUGG